GACUUCUUGGACAAGUGAAGGUCCCAAUGAGACCAGCAAUAUCGCAUAUGCUCUCUCCUGUAUAAAGUCGCACCGAGAUCUAGCAAAUCAAGACGUUUUCCCACUCCACCAUUGAUGCAAUCUUGCAAAGUUUCUUUUCUCACAUAUUCGAGAGCUCCUUGAUUCCAUUGCACCAUCAAGAUUCGGGUUGUUGUCCAUGGAGGGUGUGGAGGAGGCCAACCGAGCGGCCGUGGCGAGCUGCAAGAAGCUCGUGGCGCGGCUCUCGCAGUCCGGCGUCGACCCGAUCCGGCUCGCCGCCGUCGCCACGCAGACCGACGAGGCCGUGUCCCGGUUCGGCAAGGUGGUCACCAUCCUGAGCAACAGGGUCGGCCACGCGAGGGCGAGGGUCGGCCGGAGGAUCUCGCCGCCGGUCGACGCGAGCUGCCUCUUGGACUACCAACCAAUCCCUUCGGUACCGUACCGCCAACCUCCGAAUGGGGUCCAUGUGAGUAGCUCUCCCGUGCCACCGGCGCCGCCACCACAGAUGCAUGUGCCAGUCAUGGUGGCAGCACCUUGCGCCGCGGGCAACGGCAAGAUCGUUGCACCGGCGCCCAAGGCGCCUGCAGACAGAGACAGGAACAUGUUCCUCGAGACGCCGUUCCUGGAUUCGAGCAGCUGCACCGUUCCAUCCUUCACGGCCGCCGCCGCGCAAAACAUCAACAGCUCGAAAGCUCCCGCGGCUGCUACUCCUCUUCCUUGCAGCGCCCAAUUCCAGUUCCAUCACCAACAGCAUCCUCAUCAUCAGCAGCAGGCGCAGCAGCAGCACGUGCAACAGCAGAGGUUCCAGUUCGAGCAGCAGAAGCCGGCCAGCAGCGAGAAGCCGUUCCACAUCGAGAUGCCGGCGGCGGCGGCGGCGGCGGCGGCGAGGAGCGGCAAGGAACCGGAGGUGAUCACGUUCAGCUUCGACAACUCAGUGUGCACCUCGUCGGCGGCCACCUCCUUCUUCACCAACGUGAGCAGCCAGCUCAUCAGCAUGUCCGACAACUCCGUGGCCGGACCGUCGUCCAGGAAGGCGCCGCACUGCACCCGAAAGGCCGACGACGACGGCAAAUGCCACUGCCCAAAGAAGAAGAGGCCGAGGGAGAAGAGGGUGGUGAGGGUGCCGGCGGUGGGCGACAAGGUCUCUGAUAUACCCUCGGAUAGCUACUCCUGGAGGAAGUAUGGGCAGAAACCCAUCAAAGGAUCCCCUCAUCCAAGGGGCUACUACCGGUGCAGCAGCAUCAAGGACUGCCCGGCGAGGAAGCACGUGGAGCGGUGUCGCAGCGACGCCGGGAUGCUCAUCGUCACCUACGAGAACGACCACAACCACGCGCAGCCGCUCGACCUGUCCACGCUCGCCGCACAUUCAGAAGCCUGAUUGCUUUACUUUCUGUUCACGCCUGGACGUGCUCCGUUUGUUUCGUUAUCCUUGGGUAAUGAAAUCCGGCCUUGUGGUCGUUUGGAAAAAAAAAAAAAAAAGCCUGAUUGCUGAAGCUGCCAGUGUCAGGAAGGAGAUAGAAGAAGUCUAAAUUUUUAUGCCAUCGAUGGGCCGGCAGCGCAUGAACAUGUCAUUUAGCUGGUUUUUGUUUGUUCAGUCUGACAAAAAAUGGAAUGCAGUCUGAGUGGACAUUGUAAUAGGAAGGCGAAGAUUUCGCUGUCUCCGUUCUCACCAUGUAUAGUGAACACUUGAUCGAGUUUGCAGUCCAUUUGUUUUCG